AUGUCCGCUUUAAAAAAGGAUAAGUUAAUUCAUACAAAAGAAAAGCUCUUCAAAUGUGAUGAGUGUAAAAAAUCAUUUAAGCAGAAGUCUCAUUUGAUAUGUCAUAUGAGGGUUCAUACAGGUGAAAAACCUUUUAAAUGCAAUGUGUGCUCAUCAUCAUUUUCUCAAUUGGCCUCUUUAUUGAAGCAUAAGCUAAUUCAUACGGGAGAAAAACCCUACAAAUGUAAUUACUGUAAAAAAUCAUUUAAGCAAAACAGUGAUUUACAAACACACAUAAGAACUCAUACAGGUAAAAAACCUUUUAAAUGCAAUGUCUGCGAAGUAGUAUUUUCUCAAUUGACCUCAUUAAAUCGACAUAAGCUAAUCCAUUCAUGUGUGAAACCUUUUAAAUGCAAUAUUUGUGAAAAAUCUUUUACUCAAUCGUAUAGUUUAAAGCUGCAUAAGUUGAUUCACACAGGAGAAAAGUCCUACCAAUGUGAUGAGUGUAAAAAAUUAUUUAGGCAGAAGUUUCAUUUGAUAAGUCAUAUAAGGAUUCAUUCAGCUGUGAAACCUUUUAAAUGCAAUGUCUGUGAAGUAUUAUUUUCUCAUUUGAGCUCUGUAAAGCGGCAUAAGCUAAUCCAUACACGUGUAAAACCUUUUAAAUGCAAUAUUUGUGAAAAAUCUUUUACUCAAUCGUAUAGUUUAAAACUGCACAAGUUGAUUCACACAGGAGAAAAGUCCUACAAAUGUGAUGAGUGUAAAAAAUCAUUUAGGCAGAAGAGAUAUUUGACUAAACACGUAAAAACUCAUACUGGUGAAAAGCCUUUUACAUGUAAUGUUUGAAAAAUCAUUUACUCAAUUGUUUAGUUUCAAGCAACAUAUGUUAAUCCAUACAAAAUAGAAGCUUUAGAAUUAAUAUAAUUUAUGUAAACAAUUUAUUGUUUGUUUUACACAUAGGAAUUUAUCCUAAACAUACACCCUGAAUUGUUAAGAAAAAUAUUGUAUACAAAGAUAAAAUUAAUAUUCUUACUGAUUUGAAUAAAG